GCUCUAGUGUCAAAAUUCUCGAACCGCGGUGAAUUCGGUUCAUCGGUGGAUAAGUCCAUCUUGACCGCGCGCACUCGCGAUGGAACAACCGGAACGGAUUGUGUGGCAAAAUCUGAUCAAAUCCUCACCGGAGCGCAGCAGUGAUGGAGAAUGUUUGCCGGGCAGCGGUGGGGGCAGAAGGGCGAACGCUAGCAACAGCACCAGCAAACUCAAACGGAAAGAUCAGCAUCCGGUUCGGAAGGAGUUUGUUCAAACGGCGGAAAAUCAGUACAGGUGUCUGCACUGCGACUGGACCACGGUGAUGAAUGCAACUCGAAUGGUGAAGCACAUUGUCGAUCAGUGUCAGAAUGCUCCGGCAGCGGUGCGGGAGGAAAUUGCCGCCAUCCAGAAGGCCACAAUCGAAAAGGAGCGGAACUCGGUGUAUGUGGCGGAGAAUAAAAAGGACAUUCACGGAUUGUUUCGAGCGGUGGACAACAAGAGGACUUGCAUAUUCUGCAAGUGGACCACGGUGAGGAAUUUGACACGGAUGAGAUCCCAUAUAGUGUCCCAGUGUACGGAGAUUCCGAUGAAGUUGAAGUCACUCUUCAUAAAGAAGGAUCAAUUUCCGGACGAGCCCACAGAGGUGGUUCAGAAUCAAGGUGAAUCAUAUCAAGUUUAUGCCGUUGAUGAAAGCCAAUGGGACGACAAUACACUUGAUCCUGCAGAUUACGAUGGCGGAAUUAAUGAGGUGAGCGAAGAAAAUGAACACCAGGAAGCGGACGAUCAACAGUUGGGAGGCAGCUACUUGGAAAUCGAAGAAUUGGAAGAGAGGAACUGCAACUAUUGUGGCAAAGCUAUUAGCUACGAUGGCACAGAAGAAGAUACAGACAACGAAAUUUUCUGCUCGAAUCUAUGUCUCCAGCGUAUGGACAAAACCCGGCAAUUGACCGAGCAGGUGAACCAAGUAAAGGAGGCCAAGCGAAUGGCUACUAGAAAAAGGCCCAUCAACGAUCCGGUCGAACCAGAAGACCAAAUACCCACGAAAGAAUUCAAACUUGUACUGCUCUCGCCGAAAACAAGCCCCAAGGUGAAGCCCACUACUUCGCUUCCCGUCCAAACCAUCAAGACUGAGAAAGAAGGGCGAACCUCGACCACCAUGGUUGAAAUUGUCAAUUACACCAUUGAACACGAAGAUGCCUCGUCACUUUCGGACACAACGUCAUUACCCAGAACUCCGGCGAGAGUAGUACAGAAAUCUCCAGCCAAACCAGCGAAAGAUCCUCACAAAACCCCGACAACACCUGUUCCAGUAGAAAAACGGCCGCAGCCCCCACUGGUUGUACGAUCGCUAGCAAAGGAAACUCAGGUGAGUAAAUAAUCUUUAUUGAAAGCCCAAAAAGCGUUGCGUAUGAACAUUCUUGCAUUCCUAAAUACUAACAUUUAUAAUAACGGCGAAUGACGAGAAUCUGCUAUAUGCGUCAAUCAAAAAACUCAAUAUCCUUAACUAUCUUGACCAGUUUGCAGCAAUCGUAGCGCCUUCUGCAGAUUAUCGAUUGCCGUCUUAACGUCCUCGUAGUUAAGUGCACUUCCUGCCCAUUUGCAAUACUUCUGGGCUUUAGUCAACUGAUCCGACGUCAACUGCACUCCGGUGGCGACAUUCACAACCGGUUCCGGAACAUCACUGGUCGCCGCUGGGCCCGUGUAUGGCUGGAAUCCUCCCGGUGGUUUCUCCGGUUCACUUGGUGGCGUUGGUGCUUUCACAUUGCUGAAAGGAUCGUUGGUAACGAAAUUGGUCGGCCCAGAAGGCGGACCGGAUGGAAUCUGUGCCGGUGGUUGUUCUCCUCCUUGUCCUGGUUGUGGCCAACUUUGGAAUCCCAUCGUCGGAUAGGGUGCCUGCGGUUGAGUAUUACUCGGACCAGCCAUCGGCUCAUCACUUCGUCCGGAAGGUCCCGGUCCCAGCCCGGCCAGUUCAUUGUCCAGCUCGGUAUCCUCGUCGGUCUUCAUCGGGCCAGGAACCGGAGUUUCUCCAUUCUUCAAACAGUUAUGUAUGUAGGACGCCUUCCACUUCGCGUACUUCCUAUUCUGGGUAACUUCUUCCGUCAGCUCUCCGAAUGUUUGCAUCACAUCGUACAGCAUCCCAGCCGUAUAGAAAGCCUUCACAACAUUCUUCCCGAAAUUACCCGCCCGAUCCUGCUUGUCCGCGUACAAAAACAACCUCAGCGCGUAGUUUUCCAGAUAGGCUUGCGCGGCCACUUCGUGCAAGAUACAAUCGUUAUCAGCAUUAGCUUUCUUUGUCGUCUCCAGCCAAUCCAUAACGUAAAUCAAAAACUUCCGUUCCUCCGCUCCCUGACUAUUGAUUUUCAUUCCCAGCUGUAGGGCGUACAGUCGACACCAGUAGCUGACGAUCGGAUCGCGGCUGUCAUGCUCCUGGGCCGUCUUCAGGUAGUGUCCGAUUGCUUUCAACGAUGCGGGUACUUCCGGUAGGUUGGAGGCCAUCGUUUUCCGUAAUUCUGGAAUCAGCAAUCAGCGGUGGAAA